CACUUUUCCACGCCCCCCAACCACCCACUGUCGUUUUCCCGGCACACAAGAACGCGGUGGGGGAUAGCGCGUUGUUCUCUCUCGCGUUUUACGAUGAUAGUCCCUCGGCUGUUGAAAAUGUGACAACAUGAGCGGGAGCGAAGACGUCGGCGCGCAAACCGUUCGGAAACAAGAGAGAACGUGUUUAGCGGUGGUCGUUUUCUUCCACUCGGUCCUGUCUUUUGCGGUCCACGGCGAAGCAGGUCGUCUUCCUCCACCGACGGAGCUAUCGCACAAGUGGCUUGACCCGUUUACGGUGAACGUGUAUUGGCGGAAGCCCAGCCAACUGCCGGACUGCUGCGACGUACAGUACAGAUAUGGGCCGCACAAAUUUUGUACAGAAUGGACAAACUUUACGGAGACUUUUCUGACGGAUGAAGCUGGCUCUUCCGGCUGGAACAUCACAGUCCGAACUGAGGAACUGGAGAACUGCGAAAAGAGCGCGAGUGCGCCGGCCUCCAUAAUCAUUGAUGCCCCGCAACCUCGAGCUCAGUUGGUGACAGACUUCAAAUGUUUAUACCGAGCGGACAAGACGGAUUGUUCCUGGAUCCCGCUUGAUCCUGCCGUUAACCUGACUCUCUCUUACAGGAUUUGUGACAGCUCUGCAGAAACCAGGCAAAGGUUGCAGGAGUGCAAACAGCUUUAUCACCACCGGGGCAGGGACGGCUGCUACCUGAGCCCUGACUUUGUCUUCGAAGACCUCUGCGUGCUCAUAAGGAGCAACGCUUCGAUGAGAACGUUUAAACCUCCGGGAGUGGUUGACCCCCCAAAACUGCGUGUUAGCGUUGAAGGUGACAAGCUGGACCUGAACUGGACCCCCCCGGAGGUGUCCAAGGACUGCAGUUGGACCUACGAGUUGUGCUACAGCAAAUGCGAUGGACACGAGAAAUGUGAGCGCUUCAUUCCACACGGAGAGACGAGGCAGAUUGCCUACGACAGAAGGUGCCGGUAUGAGCUUCGUUCUCGGGUCACGAGUGGCAGCUACUGCAGAAAAAUGCAAAGCGACUUCAGCGCAGUGGUAGUUCAUGGAGUGAAUGAGCCCAGGGUAUCACUGACAGCAGUGGCCAUCGCCGUCAGCGUCGUCAUGUCCGUCGGGGUCCUUUUGGCGUGCUAUUGCUUCAGGAGGCACAGGGCCGUUCUCUUUCCCGCCAUACCCGAACCAUCAGCAAUAUUAAAGGACAUGAUGAUGAGUGGAAGCACGGAAAUUAAAGCUUGCGCAAAUUUUUACACCCCUGUGUCAGAAGCCAUCCAACCGUGUCAAAUUAUGAGAGCUCGCGACGUCAUCAGCCCCUGUGAGCUCAUAAAACACUACCCGCAGGAGCUUCCGUGUUGAUGAGAAGCUCAAAUGGUUCCAAGUUGGAUCACAAGGAUAUGGACCUUAUCAUCCGCAAAGACUAUGCCAGUCAGGGCGUAGAACCACUGUGUUUUUCACUGGCCCCGGGGACUUGUCGGCAGGAUUUGUCGGUAGCGUUCAUGUGUAACUGCUGCAUUAGAAGAAAGCAAAAAGCUACUGGAAGAGUUUUUACAUGUGGAUGACCCCCCACCCCCCACACACACACACACACACGAGAUUUUAGGAGAUUAUUUUUUUUUUUGCAUCUGUCCAACUUGCACUUUGUUCAACUCAGGAAAGCCGUUAUUGUCAUUGCAAUUAAAUUAUAUGACCGUCUCCCUUUGUAUAUGAAACACAUAAAUAGAUCAGCUUAGACAAAACCGUCAAACAUUCAAAAUGACGGGAGCUGUAAUAGCCCUGUUCCCUUGCUCAUUCACCAUACACUAUGCGACCCGCUGUUAUAGAGUGCAAUAAAGGAAACAUUAAGUCGUCAAAUUU